GGGUUUCCUUCCCAGUGAAUCAAGGGCUUUCCACCCUCCACACUGAGUACAAGGUACCAUGCGCAUUGACUGACUCCCCAGCCGGAUCCAAGACCUGCAUAUUGUCAUCUAUUCCGUAUCAUUCCCUGAUAGCUGAGAAGGAGAGAGUCGGGGCUGGAUUCUCAGGAUGUGUUAGUGGUGUCAUGACUGACACGGUGAUGAGCAGCAGCUCAGAUCGUUGGUCGUCCAAUAACAGACAGAGAACCAUGCACGCUAGUGAUAAAGAGCAGGGCAAUUGGACCAUGCAGCCAGGUCCUGGUCCUGCUGCUCCAGAGCUGACAGAUGAAGAAAAAGAAAUUAUAAACAAUGUGAUCGCCCGAGCGGAGAAAAUGGAGGCCAUGGAGCAAGAGAGGAUUGGACGCUUAAUAAACCGCCUGGAUGACAUGAAGAAGACUGUGUGCGGGGACGGUCUCUCCCGCUGUGUGCUUUGUGGGGAGCAGCUGGGCACACCUGGGGUCAGCUCAGUGGUGUGUGAGGACUGCAAAAAGAACAUGUGUACUAAGUGUGGUACUCAGUGCGGCAGCAAGCCACGUGCUGUGUGGUUAUGCAAGAUCUGCAGAGAACAGCGAGAAGUGUGGAAGAGGUCUGGUGCAUGGUUCUUCAAAGGAUUUCCUAAACAAUUCCUUCCUGCGCCCAUGCCAUUGUCAAAACCGAAAGACCAACGUGUUCUGGAAGCAGCAGAGUCUAAAGGACCCAAGGAGGAAGCUACUCGACCACAUGGUCAGAAUCAGCCUCCUGCUCCUAACAACCAAGUUUCAGGAGUAGAGCCCAAGAGCCGUGCUGGUUACCCACCUGUGGCCCCUAAACCAUCGGCCGUGCGCAUGGCCACAGGUGGCGCUGGCCCUGAGGAAGCAGGACAGGGAAGCCCGGUGGUGAUGAAGAGGAUGGUACCUGUUCAAAGCGCCAGACCGCAGCCAAGUGUAACGCCCUCUUCACAGGUGGGACAAGACGGAGGCACUUACUCUUCUGGUGCAAUCCCUCCAGAGCAGAGAGCGCCUUCUGCUGUACGAGAGGAGAGGAGGCAGCCUGCUGCCUACAGUGCUCCUCCGGCUCGACAUCAACCUCCUCCGGCUGAGGAGGAAGAGGAGGCCAACGACUACGACUCCGAUGAAGCCACCACUCUGGGCUCUCUUGAGUUCAGUCUGAUGUACGAUCAGGAAAGCAACAGCCUCCACUGUAGCAUCCUCAAAGCAAAGGGUUUGAAACCCAUGGAUUCAAAUGGACUGGCAGAUCCUUACGUCAAGCUUCAUCUGCUUCCGGGGGCUAGCAAGUCAACAAAGCUGCGCACAAAAACCUUGAGGAACACCCGCAACCCAGCAUGGAAUGAGACACUUACCUACCAUGGCUUAACAGAUGAAGACAUGCAGCGCAAGACCCUCAGGCUGUCUGUGUGCGAUGAGGACAAGUUUGGCCACAAUGAAUUUAUUGGAGAGACCCGAGUGGCGCUGAAGAAACUAAAGAUGAACCAGAAGAAAAAUUUCAACGUGUGUCUGGAGAGAGUUGUCCCAACAAAGAGAACUGCAACAGCCGGUGGAGCUCGAGGCAUCUCUCUCUACGAAGAUGAGUCUGCAAAAGAUGGCGGAGAGGUUGAGGAACGUGGUCGCAUUCUGGUCUACCUUAUGUAUAGCACCCAACAGAACCGCCUCAUUGUGGGUGUUGUGCGUUGCGUUCAUUUGGCCGCUAUGGAUGCUAAUGGAUACUCAGACCCCUAUGUUAAAAUAGUUCUGAAACCUGACAUGGGGAAGAAGGGCAAGUGCAAAACCCAGAUCAAAAAAAGGACUUUAAACCCAGAGUUUAAUGAGGAAUUCAGUUUUGACAUCAAACACAGUGAACUGGCCAAGAAGACCUUAGACAUCUCAGUGUGGGAUUAUGAUAUUGGCAAGUCCAAUGACUACAUAGGUGGCUGUCAGCUCGGCAUCACUGCCAAAGGAGAAAGGCUAAAACACUGGUAUGAGUGUUUGAAGAACAAGGAUAAGAAGAUUGAGCGCUGGCACACCUUGAUGAAUGAGAAUCACACUGCUAGCGAUUAACUACCUGUAACAAACACAGCAUGAGCUAAAACAUCCCCCUGAUCCCCAUGGUCUGCAUUCACCUCUUAGUGCACCUUUUCUAUACUGCCUUGUUUGUUUUUAUGUCUAAUUUCAUCACGUGACACAGACACUGCUCCCAUGCCUCCUCUAUGUCCUCCCUGCCUUUAAGCCAGUGCUGAUAUUUAAUCCACUAAGGCUAUGUCCACAGAUAAAAAAGAAAACAAAAAAAAAAUCCAGGGUACAAAUCUCAGUCCACACCAAUGGCCUUUAUCCACUGGAAAACUCUUUCAGGCAGACACGCGCAGUUUGCAUGUGGAGGAAAGGUCAAAGCAUGUUGAAAAAGUUUGUGUGGACUUAGCCAGAGAUUUCAUAAAUGUAUCCAAGAUAUGCAUUGACAAACAACCAUAAUGCUACUCGGUGAUGUUAUAAUGUGUUGAGCCUGACACAAUGUUUAUUGAAGAGGUAUUGAACAAGGAAAGCAAUAUGUUAUGGCACUGGAGGUCACAAUCAUUAUUGAGGGUCAUAAAAGCAAAGCGCACAUUCAUCGCAUUGAUUUUUGGUGUGAUGAUGUCGAACCUGACACUUGAACUGUGCGAGCAUGCCACAGACGUGCAAGACGUGCCCACCGUCCUCCUGAACAUAAUGUAUAUAGAAGAAAUGUUUACAUACUGAUACAUUGCUCAGGUUAGGAUAGAAAUAUUAUAUAUAGAUGACUCAUGAGUAUUUGGAUCUCUCAUCAGUUGAUGUUAUUUUGUGAUUAGAGCGCACCAAGUUAAUAUUAGGAGUAUGUGUGUGUGUAUGUAUGUAAGGUAAAUAAGCUGUGAAAUUGAAGUUGAUGGUAAUUGGCACUCUGACAGGUUUUGUAUGUCAGUUUUUACAUUGGAUGCACACAGUUAGCGUUAGCAAAUUAGCCAGGAAGCAGAGCUGUCAUAAGUAUGUGCAGCUUUACCUGCAUGCACUGUGCUCGUGACUCUCAUGUGCCUGCGGCAGUAGUGGCCCACUCUUACCGACACACCAUUUGCACAAUGCAGGGUUAUUCUGCCACUCCCCCAAACCAUUCAUGGCUUUAGCGUGUGUUCAAGGAUCACAGCAAACCAAGGAAAGCACACCUAACAAAGUGGAAUGACCUCAAGCUAUACAGCUGUUUGCAAGUUAUUCCCAAUACAAAAACAAGAAAUUCUAUGCAUGACGUUUAUUGUAGUACAAGCAGUAUACAAAUCUAUAUAUAGAGAUGUACUGUAUACAGUUCCUGUAUAUAUGGUCACAUACAGUAUAUAUACUUUGUGGGAAUUAUGCUUAUUACCAUUGAUGUUUACAUCUCUUUCCUAAUACUUCAUUUACAAGAGGCCAUAUUCUGCAUGACUAUGGCAUAAUUUGAAUAAAUUAAGCGAAGAGAGUCACUGAUUUGAUAAACCUCUAAUCACACAAGCAAGCCUCUAACUGGUAGCAGUAGCAGAUUUAAGAGAAUAAUGUCUUUCUUCACUGUCUUGUCCCUGCACAGCAUCUCUACCCCUUGCGGCAGUGUGUAAGGCACCUGUCAGUAGCAUCUUACACAUUUGCCUAUUUUGUGCUGCUUUGGCCACAGUGGUCAUUACGUGAGAUCGACGCAAAUCAUGUUUGAUUGCUUUAAACAAGCUUCUCUCAGAGCUCAACAGACAGCUACUGAAUCUUCUAUUUCAUUCUGCAAGUCUUUAUCUCUGUUGUUGUAAAUAGAGUAGUGCAUGCACUGGGGACAUGUAUGUUUGCACACAAUGUUGCAUGUAAAGAUUUUGCAGAGAUCAAUAAAAUCAACU